AUGACAAUUACACAACAGAUUGUUAUCUCAUCAAAAACCACCGCUGAUAGCAUGCGCCAGUUCAAUUUACGGCCAUUAUUAAGCACGUUAGCAAUGUACAAUAGUUUGAUUGAUCCUCAUCUCCAGUGCUAUUUCAGUAAUGAGCGAAUAAGAAGGCAUUUGCGACAUGCUGGAUUGAUAAGUCGUCGUGGAGAAGUGGUACCAGAUUCAGAAUAUCGUGUCAAAUUAGCUGAAAGAGAACAUAAAAAGCACGUGCGGCAAAUGCUAGCGGAAAACAUUGUUCAUCGAGCACUUGAUAUGGAACGUACACGACAAGCCGAACUUCGUAAGCAAUUUGAAAUGGUUGCUAAAUCAGCUCUUGUCAGCAGUGUAAAAGAAUCACGAAGACGUCCACAAAGUCAUAACACAACAGCAGAUAUGGCUAUUUUACAAAUGAGUUCAUCAUGGAGUCAUUCAAGACCUAGAAGUGCUAAUAACGAUAUGGAAGUGAUGAAUGAAGAGUUUGGAGAACCUUCACGGAUAUCACGUGUACACUCAGCUCAUAUUUCCAAUCCAAAAAAAUCAAAAAGCCCUAGACGUCGAUUGCAACGACCAAAAACAAAUACACCGUUGUCAUUAAAUCGUUCAUUUACAGGUAAUACGUCUCGCUCUCAUUCACCCACAAAAGAAUUACCUUCAUGUGAAGUGACAAUGAUCUAUUAUGGUCCUCAUACAAAGAUUGAUUAUGAUCAUAAUCUGUUUGAACCACUUGAUGAAGUUAUGGUUAUGCAACAACAUUGUGGUGGAGAAAAUUUACCUGUUUUUAAAAAAAUGUUGAAAGCUGGAGAUACAUUUCAAUUUAAAUCGAGACGUCAUCCUAAUUUUCCAUUCGGACUAUCAUUGUAUGUCAAAGGUUUAAUUGAUAGUCGAAUAUCAACAUGUUGUGAAUACAAGCAUCGAAAUGGUGUCCGAUUAGGCGGUGAACGUGGUCAUUUUGGAAUACAAUCUGUACAAGGAUCUAAACCGUGUCUCAAAUGUCGUUUUGAAAAAACAGCAAAAUUAAAAAUAUAUGCUGAUUCACCACACGAUGAAAGUAAAAUGGAAAUAGAUGAACCAGUUAUCAUUCCAAAUCGUCCAUCUGAAGAAGCCAAGCCAACAUACCAACCAGUUCAAAUACCGGUGCGAACACCAACUUCGACUGGAAAAAAUUAUGAUUCAGAUUUUAGUGGGAGUCAAUCGAGUGAUAGUGAUACGAAAGAGAAUCAACAUCAACCAGAACGUUCACAAACAGAAAAAACAAAGAUAAGCGGUGGUUAUUCAACAGAUUCUAGUGGCAAUACGAGUAAUCGUGAAAAAGGACCAUCAUCAAAAGUUGUUGAAAAGAAUCCAAAACAUGUUGUCAUACGCAAAGAUUCUUCCUCUGGUUCAAGAAGUAGUGGAAAACGAUCGGGUAGGGUUUCUUUUUCAUUUUCAAACAUAAUCUGUAUUGAUCGAUUAUUUUUCAUACUAGUGAAAUCGAGUGACUCGACUGAGAAAACAUGGCAAGUGAUAUUUCAUACAUCCGAAUUUCAAACGGCCUCAUUGAAUGGUGGACAAAAUCCUAAAAUUAAAAUAUCAUUUAUCAAUGAUCACAAUAAUGAAACCGAAGGAUACAUUAUAUCGACAAAUAACUAUAAAAAUUGUUUUAAAGCCGGAAAAAUAGAUCGAUUUAAAGUUAAAUUAAAAGAUAUUGGAAAACCGAAAAAAAUACGACUUAUUUUAAAUGAAGAUGGAGAAACAACAGAUCGAAGUAGUGAUUCAAAUGAGACACGCAAAAUAAAAUGGCAUUUAGCACAAGUUGAUGUUGUUGAUCCAAAGACACAUGAAUAUUCCACAUUCUAUUGUCGAGAAUGGUUUGAAUAUUCAGAACAACAAAAGAAACAAAAUGAAAAAGUAUUAACUUUAUCCAAGACUGAAAUUAAACCUCAAACUCGUCGAACAGUUUCCAGUGCAUCUUCAUCGGCGUCAGUAUCAAGUAGUACGCGUCGAAAAUCUCGAGAAGUUGAACAAACAAAAACAACGGGAAAAGAUGGAACAUUUGAAAAUGGUUCUGAAACACCAAUUCAAAUAACAUCGGAUAACAAUAGUUUACAUUCAGAUGAGGAUGACAAUGCAACACCACGCCAGCCAUCAGCCAGAGAACAACAGAUAAAGCGUAAAACAAGUUCUUCAAGUGGUGAAUCUGUAUCUCAACUGAGUGAUGAACAAAGCAAAUGGCAAGUAAUUAUAUAUACGGCAAAAGGUGUUGAUGGGGAUUUAGAUACAGAAGAUGAUAGUCGGAUUUAUAUACAACUAUUUGACUCGAAAAAAGUUAAAACAAAAAAAUUAUCGUUGAAUAAAACUGGACCAUUUAGAUCUGGUACGAGUGAAAAAUUUGAUAUCAAAUUAUCAAAAAAUUUUGUGGAACCAAAACAAUUGAAGAUUGGUUAUUACAAUGCUCAUAUAACAGCAGCAAAAUGGAAUAUAGAAAAGAUUGAAUUAAUCGAUGCAAAAACACAUAAAAGAUAUGUCUUUCCAUGUAACGAUGAUUUAGAACGAAACGAAUAUACUCAUAUUGCCGAAAAAUUACUCAAUGUUGAAAACACAGACGAUUUAACUCCAAGAAAUUCUCCUGUUAAUGUUACCAAAUCUACGGUUAAAAACGUUUCAGAAGAUGAAGAUGACGAUUUUGACAAUGUUCGGACAACUAUAAAGCCAGCACAACAACAUCCUACGGUAUCCUUUACGGAAGAGAAACCAACGACUCGUAUUUCUCCAGUUCAACAUCAAUCACUCUCUCAUCCGUCAACAACAACAAAUAAAAUUUCAACUAGUUUACCCUCAUCAUCGCCAACAGCCUCUCCACAACAGGAAAACGAUACAUCAGAAGUAAAACGAAAGAAUUCGUUUUCAAGUGCAACGGAUGAUGACGCGAAUUCCCGUCAUAUAUCUAAACAAUUAGAUCAAGAAAAUAAAUUAAAUUCGAAUUCUCCACGUGUAAGUAUAAAUAGUCAGGAGAACAGUGAACGGCAGCAAAGACCAACUCAAGGUCAAGAAAAUAAAUCGAUUCCAAGACCAAAAACACGUCAUGGUAGACAAGAUGAUAGCACCGUGGAGAGUUCAACAAAUGUACAAACUACAAACACAUCAACUCCAGCAACUGAAAUCUGGAAAGCAAAUGAUGAUACGUCGGUGCCACUCACUAUUGAACCACUGGCUUUGGAUAAUAUCAAUAAUGAUACAGCACGUACCGAUAUUCAGUCAACAACAACAGCGACUAGUACUACAACAAAUAAGAAAAUAAUGGAUCAAAAUGAUGAUUCACAUAAACUUGAUACUAAUUCACCAGACAGUACAGAUGGUUUUAAAAACUGGUAUCCGAACAAUAAUGAUGAUGACUUAUCUUAA